GCGGAAGUCUGCGUGUUUUGUAUAUAUCUAUGGGCGCUGCAAGGAAACAGCGGUUCUGAUUCUAAUCGUUGUAUUAUGGAUAUUUAGCUCUUUGAUCUACAACUAGAGCGUUCAGAUUGUACGAUACUGCAUCUUUGUGAAAAGUCUCUCAAAGUUGGCUCAUUUCUUAUUCAAAGUGUGUCGUCGACGUAUUUUCAGUGUUUGAGUAUCAGUGUCAGUGACAGUGACUCGCUGACUGAGUGAGUUAUGUUGGAAAAUAAAGAGAUUCAUAUAAGUGAAGAUGAAGCGGCUUUGUAUGAUCGUCAGAUACGCCUCUGGGGCCUAGAUGCACAGAAAAGAUUGAGAGGAAGUCGUAUACUAGUGAUUGGCAUGCGUGGAUUAGGAGCAGAGAUAUGUAAGAAUGUCGUCUUAGCCGGAGUGAAAUCUGUUACCCUGAUGGACCAUACAAAUGUGGAAAAAGAUGAUGAGACCUCACAGUUCCUUGUUCAGAGAACGGAUGAAGGGAAAAACAGAGCAGAAUGCUCGUUAGAUAGGACACAGCAGCUAAACCCGAUGGUCCAUGUAUACAAAGACACGGAAUCCGUGGCUGCAAAACCUGAUGAAUUCUUCCACAAUUUUGAGGUCGUAUGUGCUACCUGUUGUACAACACAAGAAAUGAUCAGAAUCAACAACGUGUGCCACUCACGGGGCAUCAAGUUCUUUGCGGGCGACGUAUUUGGUUACUAUGGCUACAUGUUUGCUGAUCUGAAUGACCACGAAUAUUUGGAAACUCAAGAUUUAUUACCUUGCAAGAUGUGCUGGAUUUUGAUUGGGCGUCAACUAAAGGCAAAAUGUUAAUGAACAAAACUCCUGAAACCUACUUCAUCUCAUUAGUUCUGCUAAGAUUCAGAAGUGAACAAGUGCUUCACAAUGCCCAAUUGACCAAAGAAGAAAAGCAGAAGAAGGUUCUAGGCCUUAAGAACACUGUGAUGGAAGAGAUUGGCAUCAGUGAUUCAAUUGUUUCGGACAAAUUUGUCAGUUACUGCAUGGGUGAGUUGAGUCCAGUGUGUGCUAUACUAGGUGGAGUACUGAGUCAAGAAAUAAUAAAGGCCGUUUCUGCAAAGGACAUGCCUCACAACAACUUUUUCUUCUUCGAUGGUGUUGAUGGAAAGGGCCUUGUAGACUGUAUUGGCACUUAUGAGUGAUUUAUUCACGACAAUAUAUAAAUUUAAUGUUGAAUACACGUA